CAAAUUCAUAGAAAUUCACCAAAUUUACCAAAUUCGUAAUUUUUUUCCUUCAUUAAUUGAAGCUGAAUAGUGGAGCAUCGUUACAACAUUCUCACACGCCAGAGGACCAUGUUUUUGGUUGAUCAAAUCGGGGAAUAACAGAGAUGGCAGCAGAAGAGAGCUGCUGCAGUGCGAAAUUUUCAGUGUAUGUAUUGGUUUGCAUUGGAUUGGUGGCGUUUGCCGGUCUGAUGGCCGGUCUCACUCUUGGCCUCAUGUCUCUGGGCCUAGUCGACCUUGAAGUUCUCAGCAAGUCCGGCCGUCCCCGAGACCGUCUUCAUGCUUCUAAGAUUCUUCCAGUUGUGAAAAAUCAACAUCUUUUGCUGUGCACACUCUUGAUUGGCAACUCUUUAGCAAUGGAGUCGCUUCCUAUAUUCUUGGACAAGCUUGUUCCUUCCUGGGCAGCAAUUCUGCUUUCGGUUACACUCAUUCUCGUCUUCAGUGAGAUUAUGCCACAAGCAAUUUGCACUCGCUAUGGACUAACAGUUGGUGCCACGGUAGCGCCUUUUGUCCGUCUCCUUCUUUGGGUUUUCUUCCCUGUUGCUUAUCCAAUUAGUAAGGUUUUGGAUUGGAUGUUGGGAAAAGACCAUUCUGCCCUCCUGCGCAGAGCAGAGCUGAAAACGUUUGUUGAUUUUCAUGGAAAUGAGGCUGGGAAAGGAGGUGACUUGACUCAUGAUGAAACCACCAUUAUUGCGGGAGCUCUUGAGCUGACUGAGAAAACGGCUAAAGAUGCCAUGACUCCAAUAUCAAAAGCGUUUUCUGUUGACCUAGAUGGAACCCUUAAUUUGGAGACACUCAAUUCUAUAAUGACGAUGGGGCACAGUAGAGUGCCGGUAUACUAUAGAAACACCACAAACAUCAUUGGGCUUUUCUUGGUUAAAAAUCUUCUAGCAGUUAAUCCAGAGGAUUCUGUUCCAAUAAGGAAGAUGACAUUAAGAAAAAUUCCUAGAGUUUCUGAAAAGAUACCUCUGUAUGAUAUUCUGAAUGAAUUCCAAAAGGGACACAGUCAUAUUGCUGUUGUGUACAAAGACUUGGAUGAGAACAGAGAGGCUGUGGCCAACAAGUCUAAAGAUGGGGUUGAAAACAAUACGGGAGUUAAAUCACCGAUGUCACAUGAUGGUGAAAAGGUGGCUGGAAUGAGCAAGGCGGGUGAAGGAGAUCUAAUUCCUGCUUUCAAGAAGAGACACAGAGGAUGCUCAUUUUGUAUUUUAGAUCUUGACAAAACUCCGAUUCCUGAGUUCCCUCCAAAUCAAGAAGUUGUGGGUGUGAUUACCAUGGAAGAUGUCAUUGAGGAGCUUCUCCAGGAAGAGAUUUUGGACGAAACUGAUGAAUAUGUGAACAUUCACAACAAGAUAAAGGUAAAUAUGAAUGCGUCACAGACAGUUCUGCCCUCUGAUUCAACCUCUACAGAUCCUUCUCAAUGAUAACCUCAAGAACAGCAACAAAUGUGUACAGCAGAUUCCCUGUCAAGAAAUUAAAACACAAAUGGUAGUUGGUUUCCCUGGCCCAUUGUUUUGUAUGCUAAUUAUGGUGCAUUGAUUUUAACCUGGAAAUACUGGAAAUAGGAGCAAGUGGUACCUCUCCCAGCUAGAUUUUUCUGGUGGUUUUGGGAUGCUGUUGGCUCAUUAUGUGCAGUUGUGUGCUAGAAUAUAGUGUUUAGUUUAUUUAUCUUACAUGUUUGUAAUCCUAUCAGUUUAAUGCAAAGACAUCCUCAAAUACCAAGUGCAAUAUUUUGUCACGGCUCAAACCAUUGUUUGGAGUAAGUCAUGUUAAAACGUUAAAAUAUUGAGAUUCCUUCAUUGAUGCGUUUGAUUUCAAAC